AUGAGCUUGGUGUUGAGACCGUCCCUGUACUUGUUGGCCCAGUCUCUUACUCGUUGCUUUCUAAGGCUUCCAAGGGGUCUUGAUGAUUUUUAUGUGAGAUAUAUCUUGACGUUGAAACCGUCCCUGUACUUGUUGGCACUGUCUCUUGUUGCUUCACAUAAAAAGUCUCCCUGUCUACAAGGUCUUGAUGAUUUUUAUGUGAGAUAUAUUUCCCCAGAAGCGACUGUCUUUAAAAGUGAGGUGAUCUUUAAUCAGACAGCUCCAAAAGUUCUUUCCUUCUCUUCUGGUGGCCCAAACAUUGUCGUUGCUGAUAUUCUCAAGUCUCGUUUUAUCAGCUUGCCUCAUAACGGUGUCUAUGGUUUUAUAGUCUUCUCUUCUCUUAUGACUUUUUCCGAUGAUUUGCCUUCUUACUGGUGUUUAUUGGUCUUGUCAUCACGGAGAGGACAAAACUUGACCCAGCGUUUAGAGAAAGAUGAGAAGAAGAAGAAGGAGAAGAAGAAGAAGGAGAAGAAGGAGAAGGAGAAGGAGAAGGAGAAGGAGGAGAAGAAGAAUAUGAUAGUGAUGAAGAUCAUGGUGGACAUAUUGCAUAUGAACCGACUGAGUCUGCAAAACGAACAACAUUUAUGUAUCCUGCGGCUGUGUCCUGCGGCUGCGGCUGCGGCUGCGACUUCCAAACGAACAAAAAUAAAUUUGCUGCGGCUGCGGCUGCGUUUGCGGCUGCGUCUGCCAAACGAACAUCAAGCUGCGCAAGGCCAUUUCCCUCCCGAGAGGGAAGACACCGAGGUAGUGGCUCUUCCCAAGGUAUUCAAAGGAGUAAGGAGGCAAAAAAAUCUGGCAAGUGCUGAUACGAAGGAGGGGACUUCAGAGACUAACCCAAUGAGUCCUAUCAAACAGUCCGCUAAAAGAGUUCGUAAGGGGCUUGAUUUUGAAACAGUGGUGCCCGAGCUGGAUGACUUGGGGAAUAUAGUUAACCGAGUGGCAAUGGUGGAUUCGGCAGAGAUAAAUUUAGAUGAUUCAGAGGCACAUGAGUAUCAGGGACUUGAGGAGCUGGAUUGUGUCUUGGAGUUUAUGGAAGCUGAACAAGAUAAUGGAGAGAAGGAGAGGGGGGUGCUAGUUCAGAAGGAUACAGAAAUGGAGAUGCAGGACACAAUGGUGGGGCUGGGGGACUUAAAGCCUUAUGCACUUACCGUUGAUGCAGAAGAGGAGGUGGGGGAUCAGGGGAUCAGUAUUGAGGUCUUGACGGGUUCUGGGGAAUAUAACGGGAUUUUAAAACUAUCCUUUAAAGUCGGAGCUACGAAGAAGCUCUUCAAAGGGUAUCUUACAGUAAGAGGCGGAUCAAAGAAGUUACUAAAGAUUACUACUCCACGGAAGAAAGGAAUAACCCGUGAGUCAAAAAGGCGGUUGAGAGAGGUAUGA